AUGUUGCAUUGCAGUCGGGCGCCUAAGCCCGUUCAGAAAUCACGCGUCGCGGAUUGGCCAAACGAAAAUACCGAGUAGUGCUUUCGUAAUUCAAAAAAAAUUAUUGUGUACUUAAAUUUAUUUUUGAUUAUUUGUGAUUUAUUUUUUUUAUGUUGUGAUUUAUCUCUACAGUUAGUAAAGUUGUGUGUGUGGAUUUAUUUUUGUGGAACGUUUUAUAUAUUUUUGCUGCUGUUUUUUUUUGUGGAAAAAAAAACACGGAUUUUUAUACAAGUUCAGAUCCACCACACAUGUAGCGGAGACCAGGUCACAAUACCAGCAAGAUGACGCGAUUGACAGUCACCCAGACAGCCCGGAACCAUUUGUUCGGGCUGGCACCGAACCAGGACCGUCGCGUACCGCUCAGUAUGCUUAUAUCGCAGCAGAAGAAGUUAGGAUUCGGUCGGCUGACGGUGGUGAUGUUCAGUAUUUGUACCGUGGUACUAGGAAUUAUACUAUCGUUUGUGCCCUGGCUGGACUAUAUCAUAUUUAGGGAAUUGAAGCUAUGGAACGGCUCACUAAGCUACAGCUACUGGCACAAGCCUGGUGUCAUCAGGUUGACCAAGGUCUACAUCUUCAAUGUGACCAACCCUCAGGGGUUCCUGGAGAAUGGAGAGAAACCUAAGCUGGUGGAAGUCGGGCCGUUUGUUUAUAGAGAAGACAUGGAGAAGGUGAACAUAAAGUUCCACGAGAAUGACACGGUGACCUACCAACACAAUAAGAUACUGCGCUUCGUCCCGGAGAUGUCUGUGGACAAGAAUCAGAAACUGGUUGUGCCUAAUAUUCCUUUGCUGACAGUGACCUCCUUCUCCCCAAACCUUGGAAGCUGGGUGUUCAACCUGCUGGUGUCAGGACUGGCCAUCACCUAUCGAGAUAGAGCCAAACCCUUCGUCCAUGUCACUGCUGAGGAACUGGUUUUUGGCUACAACGACCCGCUGGUGAUGUUGGCUCACUACUUCUACCCGAAAGGAAAGAGACCGAACAGUCAGAUGGGAUUACUUCUAGCGAGAAACGGCACUUUGGACGAAGUAUCAACGAUGUACACUGGGCAACAUCAGAUGGAUCGGUUUGGAUACAUGGACAGGAUCAAUGGAUUGGAUCACCUUCCACACUGGAAGGAUCGGCCUUGCAAUGAUAUACGUGCAUCCGAAGGAUCCUUCUUCCCUCCAAGAGCUGUCACCAAAUCUGACAUAGUCCACGUGUAUGACAAAGAUCUGUGCAGGAUUCUACCACUCCAAUACAGAAAAGAUGUAUACAAAGAUGGCAUCAAAGCUGGUUUGUACACUCCACCAGCAUCUACGUUUGAGAGUGCUGAUGUGAAUCCGGAUAACAAGUGCUACUACCCGGGUGAGAAGUGCCCACCAAAAGGAUUGCAGAAUAUUAGUCCCUGUCAAUACAACGCACCAGUAUACCUUUCCUUCCCACAUUUCUACGACGCUGACCCUGCCUUGUUGGAGCCGUUCGAGGGUCUGAAGCCGAACAAGAAGAAGCAUGAAACAUAUUUCAUGAUACAACCUAAAAUCGGUGUACCAGUGGAAGGCUUCGUGCGUGUCCAGCUCAACCUGAAGGUGGACCGCGCCCCAAACAUCCCCAUCAACAACAUCAACAACUUCCCCGACACCAUAUUCCCUGUCAUGUGGGUCGAAGAAGGCAUCCACGAGCUCUCAACACCAAUCUGGCGAUGGAUCUACCUCGCCACCACCAUCGGCCCCAUCUUCGCACCGAUCAUAACAUCAGGCAUGAUCAUAGUCGGCUUCGCUACCCUAGCCUUUAUCUUCAUCCGAGCAUACAAGAGCCUCGUCAUAGGCCAAAAUUCCCUCGAAAUUAUGGAGAUUGGAAGACAAACUAUUAGACGAAGCUCAACGCUGAUUAUCAGCGGUUCUCAUAAAAUGAUGCCGCAUAGAGCUGAAUCAGCUUAUAUACCUUUAAAUCAAUGUGGAGACAAGGUACAAGAGCUGAGUUUUGUAAGAACUGAUAGUAAGGAAUUCAAGAGUGUCUUACGAAGUGAUUUUGUAAGGUCUAGUUUUAGUGAAGCUGAAAGAGAAUCGUUAAUAAGGUCUGAUAAUAGUUUUAUUAUGUCGGAACAUACGUUUAAUCAGGAUUAGUGGGUUUUAGGUUAUGUUUUUGGCUGUCCCCUUCUGUAGUGAGUCUGUUUUGUGAUUUGCUUUUGUCAAAGAUUGGUUUGUGACGCGUCAGUUUUUAUGGUUUAUUAGAUAUAAAAUUAAUAGGGAUGAUGACGGGGUAUGAAAAUUAAAAAUCUGUUUAGUCCGUCAGUUAGGUAAUGAAAACAUAUUAGACACGUGUUUUUUUAUUUUGACAUAUGAGAUUUUUUUAUUUUGUUGUAUAAUAAGAUAACAAUACUGCGAUAAAACUGAUCAAAGUUUUGAAAUGAGAGCAAAUACGCAAUUUCUACGUAUAAAAUGUACCUAGUAGUGACGUCACGCGAUAUUUCAAAUCAAUAUAACUUUGAAAGUAUUUGUUUCCGUGAGAAAAUAAAAAAUACGUGUGUAAUGUUUUAAAAUAAUCUACAAGACGGACAUUGAAAUAAAAAUUAGUUAUCUACCCUAUUGCCUAGUUAUUUUAUAAUGAUUUCAUGGAAAACGCAUUAAGUACUUUUCAUCGACAAAACUAAAAAAUAUUAUUUACCUUUAUACUGACAAUAGUCGAAUUAUUAAAUAUAUACAUAAAUAAAUGGUAAUCUAGAGAAACAAUAUACUUUUUUAGUCUAAAAUGGCACAGAGUUUGCUGUGGUUAAAGUAACUGUGAUCGCUCUUACACAGCCAAAGUGAUUAACAAAAGCAAAGCUAGCAGUUUAUAUAUUAGAUAUCAGGGUAUUAAGUAAUAUAUAAAUAAACUCACAACGGGGACAGUUUUGACCACAAAACGACUUGGUACAAGACCUAAAAACAAAUAUUUUUGAACAUAUAGAAAUUGUUAAAACAAUAUUCUGGAAAUAACAAUACAUUUAGAGAAAAAGAAACGGUAAAUUAAAAACGAAUCUAGGUUCCAUGGGAGUUUUUGCGUUGACUAGAGGGCGCCACUGUCUUUUUACGUCUUGUCAGUACAAUUUUUAUAACUUUUUGGCAUUAUUAUGUGAAAAUGUUACUAGUGAAGUACUUAAAAGUCCCUUGUACCAGUCUUUUAGUGGUUUUUAGGCUAUUUUUUAAUAUAAUAGGGUUGUGUCGACGACUGAUUGUAAAGAAAUCCGGAUUUUACCGGAUGAUAUCUUAGAUUUUAAUGGAAUCUUUGCUCAUUUUUUUGUAUUUUGAUUCUGUCUGUAAUGUAGUUUAUAAGAAUAAGAAAUUUUAUUUGCUCAAACAUGUGUAUGCAUAUAGAAUUAAAACAAAUACUUGUAUGCGAAAUCAUAAAUAGUGGUAGCUUAUGACAUGUCUGCCAUUUUGAUUUGUCUUGACGUGCACAUAUUAAUAAACUAUCAUUGCUUUCCUUUAUUAUCAUCAGCCUGUUCUCGUCCACUGCUGGACAUAAGCCUCUCCAAAGGCACGCUUUGCUUUACUUAUUAUUUAUGAAAUCUAUUUUCUUUACUUUAAUUUGAGAUAAGUUAUUAAUUUCAGUCGUAAAUAAUAAAAAUAAUCUUUUGAAAAUUAAUACUUACAUCUGUCAAAAUAAAGCGCGCGAAAAGCAACUAUUUUUAUCUGUCAAUGUCAAGUGACAGUUCGUUAUUUAGUGAUGUGCAAUAUUUUGUAAUUGACUAAUCGACUAAAUAAAUAAAUAAAUAAAAAUUCUUUAUUUGCUCAAAUGUGGUACAUGAUACAGGUGUUAAAUACAUAUAGGUAGUAAGUUCAGCAAAUUUACCAUUAUCUGCAUGCACAUUUUGAAAGAAAAUGCAGAAGAAAGAAAGAAAAAUCAUUUCUUUCUAAAAAAUUAGUGUGAUUUUAUUACAAAAAUGAAAAAUAACUUUAAAACUACGUAUUAUGUGCUCAAAUUCAUACGUUACAGAAUAAACUAAAAUAAUAAAUCUUAAUUUAAUUACAAUACAGACAGAAACAAAAUUAGUAUAUAAACGUAAUAUUGGCCAAAUUACUUCAAAUCAUUGCCUUGAUAAAACUCUUAAUUAUACGUAAUUAACUUGCCAAUUUAAUUGGUCUUAGGCCUGUAGAUAUCUGAACAUAUUUUUUUAACACAGGCUCAAAAGACCGGGGGCUGCGGUUUUUAGACAAUGGUUGGAAUAUGGGCUUUUGAGGUGUUAAGCCUUUGUAUUUGUAUUUGUUGCAUUUUUACGGAGCAGUUUAUGUAUUUAUUUAAAAAUGUGGCUCUUUUAUCAAACGUAGAACAUUUUUAUACUUGAUAGUACUUUUAAAUACCUUUGUUUAGUCAGAAUAAUUAACAAAAUGCUGCUAAAGAAUAAGAGCGUAGGCACACGAUGCGUUGCGGCUCCGCUCUGCAAAGAUUUCACCGUGUCAGUUAGCACACGAAGCGCCGUAACGUUGUUAUGUCGCAGCGGCGUCGUAGCAGCGAUGGACAGUCUGUUAAUGAAAGUUUCCUUGUGACGCAAAACAAGUGAACGGAGCCGCUUCGAUGUCGCAACGCAUCCUCAAUGUCUUGGUGGUUGCAAGGCUGGUGCAUCGUGUGACAUACCACAGAUAUUUCUAUGUAAGACGACGCAGCGACUCUCUAAGAGAUUGUCUAAAAAUCAAAUGAUCAUUUAUUUAAGACUUUUUCACACAUGUUAACUCAAUUUGUCUUUGGUUAUUACGUCUUUGUGAUUUAAAUACAUUUAUUUGAUUACUAAAUCAACUAUAUUACUGUUAUAAUUAUUAAACAUGCUCCGUAGAAAUGCAACGUCGUUAUUAAGAUACAUUCCAUGAUAUUAUUGACAUUCCUUCCUAAGAAAUGUGCUCAAUUAAUUAGAAUUAUAAUAUUAUUGUAUAUUAUUGUUCGUAGUUAUACUUAAGACCUAGAUCGAUGUGAAAUGUUUACAAACAAACUAUAAGUAGUGUAGAACUGUGUGUAUAAUUCCGCUGCGUGACGUCACUCUCUCUCUCUCUCACUCUAUUUACUGACAGUUCUGAGUGGUGACAAAACUAUACAAUACAAGCGGAUGAUUCUUCAAAAAAAUAACAAAAAAUUAACGGCGUCAUUAUCCUCAACCAAAAGUUAACAAUUCUUCCGAUUGAAACACAAAAUUUGGUUUCAAUAAAUUAAGCUGUGACACUGCUCUCAACCAAUCCAAUAAAAAUAAGGAUGAUAAUAAGCUACCACGAUGCUUAAUAACGCGGGAGAAUAAUGAUUUGUUAAAUAAAAGUUAAAGUUUUUUGAAGAAACACCCAGCACUGUACCCUUAGUAUGAGUUUGCUUUACGUUUAAAGUAAUCGAAACGAGAGCGCAUUCGGCGCUCUGAUUGACCGGCUCGAAUAAACCAACCUAUGGUAUAGAAAAGUGCUAUUUUAUGUGACAAAAUGUAGUCUUACCUUUGUGAUGUGUUUAUGAAUAUUUUACAUCGAUCUUGGAUUAAGUAUAAUUGAAAUUCUUGUCUUCCUAUUCUAUUUUUCGUUCUUUAUUUCUCGUUAAAAUAUAAGUAACUAUUUCUUUCAAUUUAUUUAUGAAUACGAAUGAACAAAAUGUAUUUCAAAUUUCGUAUUUUCUUAAAAUUGUUUAUGAGAUUAAUGUUAAUAAUGGUAUAACUUGGUUUUUUAAAAGACUAUGAACAAAUUAUGUGAUGUAAAAGUAGAAAAUAUCUAAAAUAAUCAACUCUUUUAAAACUAUUUAAUCAUUACUAAAUUUUAAUGUAUUUUUUUACUAUUUAGUCGAUUUUCCAUUGUAUUUAGUCGAUUAUUUAGUGAACUAUUCCAACCAAACUAUGCCUAAUUAGUUUUUAGUCAAGCUUUAACGUACGAAGACUUUCUCUUACUAUUUUUGAUAGAAAUUUUAAUUUUUUUACUAUAAAACAAGGAAAAAUGGUGGUCUAUUAUUAUUAUUUUUAUACGAAACUAGAUAAUAAUGUUGUAAAUAAUAGUUUUUAGGAAUUUUGUAUCUAAAUGUAUUGUUUAAUAAAAAUAUUGUAAAUUGAA